AUGUCCACCCAAGCCGCCCGCAGCAUCCUCUUCACACACACAUCCCCCCAGCAAGGCUUCAGAUUACUCGAACUACCCCCCGAACUCGCAGAGCUGCUCACAUCAAAACACGCACCUACCCUCGAACUCAAAUCGCCCGCGGCACAAGGAGGCAGCGCAACCGAGGCCCGCGACUACGUCAACCUCUGCACGCCGACCCGCACCUACCGCCUCCGCCAGGUGCAGUCGUCGAACCCGCUGCACAUCCUGCGCCCGAGCGACGGCGGCGUCCCGCGCGGCGACAUCGCCAUGGUCGGUGGGGAGGAGGAGCUCGAGCAGGGGCUGAUCGAGACGGUGACGUCGAUUGCGAAGUGCGGGUCCACGCUGGAGGUGCAUACGCCGCCGGAGGGGUUUUCUGCGAUUCCGGUCUUGGAGAGGUUGCUUCGGGUGUAUGAGGGGAGUGAGGAUGUGGAUGUGAAUGUGGAUGUGGAGGGGGGCGGGGGCGGGAGAGAGGACGCCGAGGCGGUGAUGCGGCGCGUGUUUGCGGACGUGCCUGUGUCGCGGGCGCAGUGUGAGCGCGGCUGGACCGAGUUGUGUGCGUUUGUGUCUGGCGGGGAGCGUUGCUGGCGGCCGGCGGCGGGGGCGAAGCUGCGGGUAUGGAAGAGGGUGCUGGAGGGCGCGGUGCUGCAGGGUAUCCGGCUCGAGCAGCAGUUUCUUGUAUCGGAUCUGUGGAGGGCGGUGCUGGAGGACGGGGAGGACGCGCCGUUUCCGCGGCCGCUUUUUGAGGCUGUUGUUCGGCGGGUUUGUGAAGCGGGCGAGGGCGAGGGCGAGGCGCGGGGUCUCGCUAGUGGGAACAUGAAAUGUGAGUAUCUACUUUCUCGCGUUAUGGUGGGAGCGUGUGGCUCUGGAUUUUGGGCUGAUGAACUCUUUACAGGGGCUAGUAUUGACAAGGACACCUGCACGCGAUGGGUUGGUGAGAUGUAUCUAGAGGCUGUGGCGCCUACAUCGCAAUCGGCCAUUGGGCGAAGCGAGUUCCUCAACGCAUGGAAGGAUCAUCUACCCGAGAAUUGGCGCGACGAGGUGGUGUUGUCUAAACUGGCGGACGGCGUCUACGGGCUUCCCGAUCCAACGACAAUAUGCUUCGUCAACAGCAUCGACAGACAGAAGGUCAACAAGAAUGUCUCGGCAAAGGCGAGUGCUGCUACAGCGGCCAAGAAGUCACGGAACUGGCACGAAGUGUUCAAGAACCAAAAACGACAAAAGAAUUGA